AUACUAAACAAGACUCUAUCUCUCUCUCCCCUCUCCUCUCUCCUCUCUCCUCUCUCCUCUCUCCUCUCUCUCAUACAACAAUUAUGCAAAAAGCAGUAAGACCAUACAAGUCAUCAUGGACGAAGACCAUACCGGGCAAUAACAUUUUCCGUCCAAAGAAUGAAGACAAACCAUGCCCAUCAUCAUCAUUAUCAUGGUUAACAUCAUCACCACAAAAACCAUCAUCUUUAAGCACCAAGAAACCUAACAACGUAUUGGUGAUGGAGAAUGCUGCGGUGGUGUUUGCCAGGAAAGGUUGUUGUAUGGGACAUGUAGCCAAACGGUUGUUACUGACACAUGGAGCGAACCCAUUGGUAGUUGAGAUUGAUGAAGGAGACAACAACGACGACAACAUCAUCAUAAGUGAGCUGGGUAAUAACGUGAUUAGUAAAGAGAAACUACCAGUCAUGUUCAUAGGAGGGAAGUUGUUUGGAGGAUUAGAGAAUCUAAUGGCUACUCAUAUUAAUGGUGAUUUAGGGCCUACUCUCAGACAAGCUGGUGCUUUAUGGCUUUGAUUCAUCAUUGCAAUUCUCAUAUAUCGUUUAUUUAAUUGUCUUUUGAUUUUUUUUUCUAUUUGUUGCAUUUACUUGUUGAUAUUGUAUGCAAUUUUCUUAACCUAUGUGAAUUUGUGAUUGUUA